GUACGUACCCGUACACCGGGCGUGCAUAUUCGCAUACAUCGCAUAUCCACAAACGUAACGGAGGAAGAAACAGUAGCAGACGAUUCCGAAAUGGCAGAAAAAGUUGAAAUUGAGAGAGUUUUGGUGACGGGUGCAUCAGGCUACAUUGCAUCUCACAUAGUACAGCAGUUGCUGGAGAGGGACUAUGCAGUGCGAGGCACAGUGAGGACCCUGGGGAAUGAGGCUAGGUUCCAGCAUCUGAAGGAGCUAUGCCCUGAUGCAACCCAUAAGCUGGAGCUGGUGGAGGCAGACCUGGAGAAUGAGGAGUCAUGGAAGAGUGCUGUAGAUGGCUGUUCAUAUGUCCUUCAUACAGCGAGCCCGUUCCCGCUAGCCAUCCCAAACAACGAGAAUGAUAUCAUCAACCCAGCAGUAGAGGGCGUCACUAACGUGCUCAAGGCGGUUGCAGCCAACGGGAAAGUCAAACGAGUGGUGGUGACAAGCGCGGGAUUGGCCAUCUGUGGUAAUCUAUCAAAUAAGGAAUACAGUGAGAAGGAUUGGCCAGAUAAUGUUGAUAGUUUGCUCCCCUAUCCAAAGAGUAAAACACUUGCAGAGAAAGCAGCCUGGGACUUUGUAGAAAAUCUUAAAGAUGAGGAGAAGUUUGAGCUUGUGGUGGUGCAUCCCGUCGGCGUCGUCGGCCCCAUUCUAAGCCGGAAUGCAUCAACUAGUACAGAGGUCAUCAAGAGACUUCUUCUCAGGAAUCCCUUCCUCCUACCCAAGGUCAACCUUCCUCUCGUAGAUGUCCGUGAUGUCGCAGCAGGUCACAUCGCUGCAAUGAAAUGCCCCGAAGCAGCUGGUAACAGGCAUAUUUUAUGCGGUGGAAUGUGGUGGAACGAAAUGGGAUCAGUAUUAAGAACCGAGUUCAAAUCACAAGGUUACAAUGUUCCUACCAUGUUAUCACCAAAGAUCUUCAUCCGCAUGGCAAGUCCGUUCAUGAAAGAGACAAAGAUGAUUCUCCCAAUUUGGAAUAAAGUCUCUAAAUUUGAUAACACAAGGAUGGUAGAGGUCUUGAAGAUCCAACCUAGAGAUCUGAAGGCAUCAUUGAUUGACAUGGCUUACAGCUUGAUUGAAGCUGGUAUCGUCAAGAAGACACCCAAGUACAAAGGCCCAGGAGGGGUGGAGCCUGUUGCCAAUGGGGAUGGGGAAGUCCCUGCUGUUGCCGCCAAUGGUCCUACCACAGAGGGGGAGAGUAAACCAGAGGAAACCAAAACAGAAGAGAAAACAGAUGAGAAGGAAGAAGGAGCAAAGGAAGAACCCAAGUCAGAAGAACCAGCAGCGAAUGCCGCCGCCACCGACAGUACACCGGCAGAGAAGACCGAAGAUAAACAAGCCGAUGAGGCAUCAACACCGGCUGAAAAACCAGCAGAAGCACCCGCUGAAACAUCCGCAGAUACACCGGCAGAAACCUCAGCAGAGGCACCAGCAGAAACUAAAGAAGAAACACCGGCAGAGGCACCGACAGAGACGCCGGCUGAAGACAGUGAAAAGGCACCUGAGACUCUAGCAGAGAAGACAGAAGAUGCUAAGCCAGCAGCUGAGGAGAACAAAGAGGAUAAGAAGGACGAGACUGAGGCAACCGAAUAAACACAGAGGGAUGAAUUCCAGCACCAAUAAAGAAAUGGAUUUUAUGAAACCCCACAUCAUCCUCAAUGCAAUGAUAUCGCUCAUCUUGUAUAUUUCUUCAUUUUCACUGAAUCUCGCCUGUCAGAUCAAAUCAUUGUGCAAAGAACAAAGUGUUUGUGAAUUUGAAUAAUCACACAUUCAAAACAAUUCCUUAUUUAUCAUUUUAGGGUGGAAAUUUUCAUAUCGGCCCAUCGGAUCAAAUUAUUCCGCAAAGAACAAAGUGUUUGCGAAUUGAAUUAUUAAACCUUCCAAGACAAUUUCUUCUUUGCAAGUUAAGGCUGAAAAUGUAAUCAUUCCAGCAUCAUUGUGGUCCCAUUGCAUUUUUAUCUUGCCUGGAAUAUUAUAAGCCCACUAAAUUGUUGACUAUCAGUUUUAUAUAUUUGUAAAUGAGAGCACAUUUGAAUGUAUUAAUCAAUGGAAUGUAAUUGUAUCUCUUUUAUACAUGUAUGUAUAUAAAAAAGGAGAAAAUUAAGAAAGAACACAUUUUUUAAGACUAGUGGACUCCCUUAAGAAACAGUUCAUUUACACCACCGAUCCUUGACCUCCAAUUGUUGUUUUCUUUUUAAUGAUUAUUGCACAUCUUUAAAACUGGAUCAUCAGAGAUUUAGGGCAGUUUGUUACACCUGCAAGGCUGUUUUCCCGUAAUACAAUAUUUCAUAUUGAACUAUUUGUUUGAUGCUGGUAGUUUGCUAGUGUAUAUGGAGCACGUAUUUACAGUGGUUGACUUCUAAAUCACACAUAAUGGUGCCACUAUUUCAGCGUUAGAAGGAAUUCUGACUUUUUGCAACAUAUUUUCAGCAAUAGAAAACAGCUGGACCCUGUUGCAUAAAAGUUUCUAAAAUAGAGACUUUGUCUUCCAGUUAGAUCUAUCAUGGUGAUCAUGCCAAACAGCCAAUCAAAAUCAAGGAUUCCAUUACCGUUUUGAUAAUAAAACUACCAUGAUACUAACCUUUAUGAAAAGUAUCAUGUGUUACCUUUCAAAUGUGCUCAUUUCUUAAUAAGUUUUGUACUUUUUAAUCAUUUCCAAAUGGCAUUCCUUAGAAAUGACUCCAUUAGAUCUUCAAACUGACCAAUUUAGCAAGUCACUUUUGAGUUCCCUAGAUUCCAUGUUUCAUAUAUUAUCUGAGAAGAUAUCGGAGACCGUUGUUAUUUCCUUAUAUUCUGUUUAAUUGAUGAAUUUCAAAUGUAUUGUUUAUGAUUUAAUUCCAUAUAUAUUUUGCAUUUUGGGAUUUUCAGAUUGAAUUCAUAACCUUUAUAUUUAUUAUUGCUAAGGUAUGAGACCAAUUCUUGAUUGUAUUUCUUCUUUGAAUAUACUUGAAUUUCAAAAUUAUCAGUAAGAUCAUACACCUGAUUUAAAGAUGUUUGGCUACCAUUUUCUGUGUUAAUGUUGUUUUUUUCUCAAUAUCUUUCAAGCAUUUUACAAAGUAUCUAACAUAUUACUUGAAUUCUCAGUUAGAUAAUCAUUUCUUGCCUUUGUGAUAACAUUUUAGUACUCCAGCCCAUUUCAUGAAAGUCAUUCCAAUGACUUUCACUGGCAAAUUUAGCUCUCAGCCAAUUAUGUGCAAGGAUUUCAAUAGCUUAUAAUAUAUUUCAUCAUGAAAACCAACGCAUUAUGAGUUCUCUUUUGAUUUCCAUCAGACUUUUACAAGGGAUGAUUCAUGAAGUGAUAUGUCAAUAGUUUUCAAUGAUGAUUUGUUGUAAUCUACUGAAAUUCUUGCAUCUGAUUGGUGAAGAGCAAGUCAGUAUUAGCAAAUUGCAGACAAGGUGCUUUGUGAAAUGGUCCCCUGCCUUUCACAGGACAGAUCAAAGAGAAUUUUCAAUGUUGCUGUUUAACUUCUCAACGUUUUACUCACUUAAAAAGAAAAAAACAAUACAAAAUGAACAAAAUGCUAAAAUUAAGUAUUUUCUGUUCUUAUGGUGAUCCAAUAUUCAGAUGGGAACACAUUUUUUCUUGUUAUUUAUUUUAGACUUCCAUUUUAAACUGUCACCUGCUGCACUUCGGCAUUUCAAAUUUGAUUAUAUUUUGCACUGACUAUACUGCUUCAUAAAUGUAAAGUGAAGUUAUCAAGGAGCUAUCAUCCAGUAAUAAGAUCACUGUAUCUAUUUCUAUAUCCAAUUAUCGUUCUUCUAUUUUUUGUAUGGACAUUCAUAUGAGUAUUUAAGUAUUAUUUAUGUUUGCGUAGUAAACAAGUUCAGUAUUGCAUUUUAUUAAAUAACUAUUCAGUACAAGGUAUUUAUUAUUGUUUUGUAUUCACAAUAUUUUGCAUAAUCAUGGAUUUAAAUUGAUAUGGCUUGUAAUGUAUGUAUUUGUUCAUAUUAUUUUUAUGCUCCCUACUUGGCGCUGGUUUUUCUUAUUUAAUGAUUUUAUUUCUGAAAUUGCUAAAACUGGGACUUGCCUUAAUAUGUGUUCCAGUUGAUAAGUUUGAAAGUAUUACCGUAAGAUAUUUUGAGUAAUGGUAUAUUUAUUUUGCUACAUCUCACAUGAUGAUGAAAUGCAUCUUGUUUUUAAAUUUUAUGCAUUUUAGAUCUUUAGAAAUAAGUUAUCCUUAUUCCAACAAUCCAUAUUCAUUUGCAUUUCUUAAAGCUAAUUUUGAAACAAUUAUGACAGAGGUGUCAUGGCAAAUAUUACAUUUAGUAUAACAAUAUUAAUAUACAUCUGAAUAAUAGAUAUAGUCUUGGAAUGAAGAUUUAAUUUUAGUGAUUUAGGACUAUAAAGUUUGAAAAUAAUUUUGAUAAUUUAUUGAUAAUCAUGACCAUGGGUUCAACCAGUAACUUUAAUCUUUUUCUUGACAUGUAAAUACAGUGUGUUAUGUAAAUAUGCUUAAUAAUGUGCUCCAUGCUUUCGAUGUGCUACACGUUUUUAAGCAAACAGGGAAAAUUAUUAUGUGCAAACAAAACACUGACAGUAUUUUAAUAUGCUCUAUGCAUCAUCUUUGUUUGACCCAUCUUGCCUUUUUUAUUCUAUGGUGUCUCGUAAUAUGGUCAGUAAAACAAUGAUGUUUUAACAUUGCAAAUGCCCAUGUACAUGUCAUAUCUAAUUACAGCUAGUGUCAUUCCAUGUCCACACUGCGAUAGAACUUUCCGGGCACAGAUUGGCCUGACAAGCCAUCUUCGCACCCAUAGAACUCACCCAUCCAAUCCAAGGACGGCUAGACGGUCCUUGACAUUCCCGACGGACGAACAUCAGUGAAGGAUAAGGAGAGAGAGAAUUUCUUGUGAUUUUUGCUGAAGGACUCGACAAAAAUUAAUGGCAUUGCAAUCUUGUUUUAUAGUAUUCUGUAUUUCAAAUGAAAACAGAAUAUCAGAUAUCAAAAGUAAAUGAAUGGGGAAUGUCUGAAUAGAACUGGGUAGGGGAGGGCACGUCCACUUUUCAAUCAAAUUUGUAUGAUUAAACACAAAAAUGAAAGUGAAAAACUGUCUGUGAUUUUGUAUGGUCAGCCACCCCUCCCCUUCAAAACUAUUCUGUAGCCCCUCAAACUUGGUGCAAUUGAUUAGCUACAUAACCUGGCAACUGCUUUUUAUUUUUAAGAAAGAUUUGAGGAAGAUAUUUAAAUAAAGAGCUGACAAGAGUUUGGAGUUCCAAUAUCAAUUUAAAAUAAUUUACUAUAGCUUGAGGUGGCAAGACCUAUUGAAACUCAGCGGUCUUAAGAGAGAAAGAGAAAAAAAAAACAGUCUCACAUACAUUUCUGCAUCCUGUUAU